AUGCGUUGCGAGUACAGCACCGCUCGUGGAGAGAAUCACUUGGGCACGAUCACUCUAUGUCUCCCGUCGUCUUUUACGGGCGGGGACCUCGUCGUUCGAAAGGGCGACAGAGAAAUCGUCUAUGACUGGUCUACGGACGUGUGGGGUGCUUCGGGGAACCCUCAGCUGCCUUGGGCCUUCCUGUACGCCGACGUCGAGCACGAGGUACUGCCUGUCACGUCGGGAAUGAGAGUGACGGCGGCGUGGGACGUCUUCACGAUCCCCGACAGCGGCACACAAAUCUCUUACGACGUGCUCAACUCUGCCGCCGCCCGCACUCGCGACGCUUCCAAAGAGUACAUCCGGCAAGCGAUCUUGGCUAUGUUCGACGACAUGAGCUUCGUCCCCGAGGGGGCGAUCUUGGGCUUCGGCUUCUCUCAUUCUUACCCUAUCGAGGGUCAAGAGUGGAGCAAGACGAGCAGGCAACUCAAGGGAACAGACGCCAUAUUGGUUGACAUAUUCGAACAUGCUGGUAUCAAGUUCGCAUGGCGGUUUCGGUACGACAACGAUGAGGAAUUCGAAAGCUGGUACAACGACAUGUUGGAAUAUGACUCAAAGACUCUGCGAAAAAUCAUUGUCGAGCCCGUGAUCGAUCACCCUUUCAAGCUGGAUGAGUUCACGUCACAGGAGCCCGGUCAGCUCGACGGGGCCUACGUGGAGGGUUCGCUGACGGAGGAGCUUUCCACUUCCGGUGCCAAAGUCCGCCGAGAUGUCAUGUGGGUAACGUAUCCUGGACAAUCGUCUCGAGCCGGGGACUACACUGCGUAUGGAAACGAGGCAUCAACCGAGUUUUACUAUGUUGCACCUUGCCUGUUUGUCACCAUUCCUCCAGCGGAGAAACGUCUCAAGGAAUGGCACGUCGUAGAGGCAGGACAGCGGGCUGUGAAUUCGAAAGACGCGGCCGGAAUGGGAGGCGCAUGA